UGGAGGCGGACCGCGGGAAGGGGCGCGAUGGACGAAGGGGCGCUGCUCCCCCGAGAAGCGCAUUCGGGGGAGGAAGACUCUCCGAAUCCUUCGCGGCUCCGUCGCGGGCGCUUAGUCCAGAGGAGGAAAUGGAAGCGAGGGCGACUGAACGGCAAUUUCUCGCAGCCCCUGGAAAUUAUUGAUCUCACUGAAGAAGACAUAGUUGUGCGAACAACAGCAUGCAAUGACUUGGAGAUAAUUGAUCUUACAGAGCCUGAGGAGGACAUGAUCAACUCCCUCCAGAACCAUAGCUGCUUUGCCUGGGACCUGAAGCCGUCAACUUCAGGCUGUCCUGAGCCCAUCUGCUCUUCUAAUGUUCUUACUGUUGUUGAUGCUGAGAGCAAAUGUACUGUGCCAGUGGCCAUGUGGGUUCAGGAUCGUGAGCGAUCUUCCCCCAAAGUAGGUGUAGGAAAACUAGACUACCUUCCAAGUAAAAGGUUCUUCUGCCAUCCCAGCUACAGUGAGGAAUCUGAAGGCAGCAGUCACACCACUUACAACAGUGAUUUGGGUUCUUUGGGAAGCCCUCAGCUGGAAUCUGAUGUUUUCUCUUUCUCAUCAGGCAAUGAUGGUACUGAACGCCCCACGCCCUUGGACAGUGUAAAGCCUCCCCAGGCUUGCUCAUCUGAAAAAAAACCCAACUUGCAGUUCUAUCCCCGGCAUCAGAGACCACCCCCAAGCCUCUCUUCUUUGAACACUGCCAAAUCUGUAGCUGAAGCUGAUCGGCCUUUGCACCAGGCAAACAAGCCACGGCAUGCCAUGGAAUCAAAUGUUCAGGAACAAUCCAAGCGGAUUGAUAUCAAGAUCUGGUUGAAAACACUACAGUAUUGCCAUGGAAUCCCUGUACAUCAUCCCCUUCUUCAAAAGGUGGUGGAAAAGGAGUCAAGAAAGGAUAAAGGACUAAAAACCCAACCUAUUCCAUUCCGGAGAUUAAACAUGGUGUCCUCCACAAUUGAAGAGAAUUUUUUCCAGGGAACCUUGGAUUUCCUUAUGGACUACGUAUCCUCUAAAUACUACCCACCAAAAGAUGUCACAACCUAUGUGGUCAGGCAGAUUCUACUGAGCCCAGAGAAUCAAGAGGGGCAACAGGAGAUGCAGAAGGAUGCUUAUAUGUUGUUGAUGAAAAUCCAGGCACUUCAUCCAGCAACAGCUGAUACAGUGGUUUGGGACUGGCAACUGCUCAGUGAGAUCAUGGAAGUGCAGGAAGAGAUGAUUCCUGGCCGAAUGUUGUUCUUACAGUAUGUGAUACAGACCUUAGAAGAUGACUUCCAAAAGAUGAUCAGGACGGGUGUUUUGCACAGAUCCAUUGCCAAGGCAGUGCUUUCGUGUGACAAGUGCUUCGGAAAUGUCAAGGAAGUGAUUGAAUGGCUAAUAGCUGUGGUCACUGGGACCAGAAUUUCUCAGCACAGAAAAUUCCUUCAAGAAACCAAAAAUGUAUUGAUAGGCAAAUCCAGAGGUCAAAGCUGUAACUCUACUCCAGAACUGUCCUUAAAUGAGACCAUGCAGAAAGAGAAUGCCUCCAUACAAUUUCAGGUUCAAAAGGAAGCGGCACUUCUACAAAGGAUGCUUUCAAUAGCAGUUGAAGUGGACAGAUCUCCAAAUUGCAAUGCCACUAAAAUUGCAGAUAUGGUUUUUUCUUCUCUGUUGAAUAUUCCCAAGCGGGGCCAAAGGGACAUCUUCCUGAGCACCAUGGAUUGUCACCUUCUACGAUGCAAAGUGUUGGAGCUAAUUUUCCAACAUAGCUGCUCUACACCAACCAAACAGCCUUUGUCUUUGACAAAAAUAUUGUAUUUUCUGAACCACGUUUCCUUGCUGCUAACUUAUCAGGACAGGGAAAAAUCGUGGCAGAGAUGGGAUGAGAUACUUCAUCAAAUGAAUUUAUUAUUGCUGAGUUACCGUAAAAUAGUUCUAGGGUCUUUUCCAAUGAUGUGUUGAGUACCUGAUACCAUUUACUGCCGGUACAAUUGCAUGCUGCACCAGUUGAAGCUUCUGAAUGCUCUUCAAAGGCAGCUCCAUGUAGGGUGCAUUGCAGCAAUCUAGACAGCAGAUCACGAGAGCAUGAGUAACCCCAUCCAGGACCAAAGGGAGAAAAACUUUGACACUGGAAGACCCAAACACCCAAAGACACUCAUUCCUGCUUGGGUUGAGCCAAAACCCAUUUUUGGUGUCCCCUAUACCCUUCAGGCAUUGAGACAGGAUGUCCAUUGCAUCAUUCUGGCAGCCUAGGGUGGAAAUAUAAAGUUGGGUGUCAUCAGUAUAUUGAUAUCUGAAAUGGUCAGAUCACCUUACCCAGCAGCCUCAUGCAGAAGUUAAAUAAAAGAGGUGAGAUGAUGGACCUUGCUGCAUCCCACAGGAUAGGAACUGUAGGCUAGACUUCACCCAAUUAACGCCAACUGGAACCGGGCCAGGAGGAACAAUACAGUGCUGCCCAUACCCAACUCCUGAAGCUGGUCCAGGAUACCAAGACUGAUGGUAUCAAAGGCAGCUGAGAAGUCAAGAAAAGCACCGAGGAAUCUGCUAACCACAUCUCAUUUCCACCAGAAGUCAUCCAAGAGUGUGAUCAGUGCCAUCUCAGGCCUGACUGAAAGGGUCCAGAUAAUCCUCUUCAUCCAAGUCCUUUGAAACAGCUGUCUCAUCACUUUCUCCACAACCUUCCCAAAAAGGGAUGGUUGAAAACUGAUGAAAACUGUCCACAUUAUUUUGUCAAAUGACGCCCCCUUGAGGAGGAGGUCCACCACCUCCCUAAGGGCCAUCUGGACCACACCCUCCUUCAGGAAAGAAUCAAUCACAACCCAACACAAUCAUGUCCUCUCCCAGGCAGCCUUGACUAUCCAAGAGGCACAUGGAUUUAACGCAGAAGGAGUCAAACAGCUACAAGAACUCUGUCCACUUUCUCAGGCUCGAUAGGAUGAAAUUCUUCCCAAAUGACUAUGCAAGAACCAGUCCCCAUAACUUCCAAUGACCCUGCCUCAAGGCUGGAAUUCAACACAGAGAAUAUCCAAGUAACUGUAUUCAGUAGAUGUGCAGCAUAUUUCUCAGUGAACUGAAAAGCCACUGAACGACUAUCUGCAGAUGUAAUAAGAGCAGAAAAAUAAUUACUUUUUGCCAUCCUUAAUGGCACAAGAUAGGCUCCAAUGCUCAAUCAUCCUCCCUCUUUAUCAUUUGCAAAAGUACUCUAGGUGUCUCUUUGCCCCCUUCAUCUCUAGUAGUUCAACCAUAAAGCCACAGAGAAUUUUGAGAGUCAUG